AUGGAGGACGACGCCAAGAUGGAAAUUGACCAGCCCGAGCUGCGCGACGUGCCAGCUGCCGACCCCAAGGCCAGCGACGCGCAGACGGCGGCCGGUGCAACUGCAGUGCGCUCCAUCGAGGGCUGGAUCAUCAUUGUGACCAAUGUGCACGAGGAGGCGACCGAGGAGGACCUUCAGGACAUGUUUGGCGACUUUGGCACCGUUAAGAACCUGCACAUGAACCUGGAUAGGCGGACGGGCUACGUCAAGGGCUACGCUCUGAUUGAGUAUGCCACGCUCGACGAGGCCAAAGCAGCCAUCACGGGCGCAAACGGCGAGGAGCUGCUCGAGCAAAAGGUCACUGUCGACUACGCCUUUGUGCGCCCACCGCCUGCCAGCAAGGGGCGUGCACGCGACCACGACAGGAGACAGAGCGGCCGCGGUGCUGCGAGGGCAAGGAGCAGGAGCCCGGGUCGCGGCGACGAUAUGGACGACGAGUAG